AUGCACGACACAAAAAUCGUAAUCGGCGUCUCCACCGCCGCUUCGGCCGCCGCCAUCAUCGCCUGCCUGGUGGUGGUGCCGAGCCUGUACUCGUCCAUCCAACAACUCAACGACCGAGUCAACUUCGGAGUCCAAAAGUUCCGCGAACAGACCGACGACGCCUGGACCCAACUCAUGGAGGUCCAACUCCAGGUCACCCCACCAUCCAAGCCUCGUGAGAACCCCUUCAACUCGAUCUUCCGCCAGAAACGUCAAGCCAACGGCGGCCUCCCAGCCUGGUGCCAAUGCACCCCACCAAAGGUGAACUGCCCACCAGGCCCAGCCGGACCUCCAGGACCACCAGGACAACCCGGUCAGCCAGGUGCCCCAGGACACGCCGGUGGACCAGGUCAACCCGGUGCUCCAGCCGCUCCAUGCCAACAAGCCCACCAAGGCUGCCAAUCCUGCCCAGCCGGACCACCAGGCCGACCAGGAGGCCAAGGACCACCCGGACCACCAGGACCAAGCGGACAACCAGGUGCCCCAGCUCGUGGUGGCGGCCAAGGACCACCAGGCCCACCAGGACCAGCCGGAGACGCCGGUGCUCCAGGUCGCCCAGGAGGACCAGGUCAGCCAGGACACCCAGGACAGGACGGAGUUCGCGCCAGUGUUGUGCCAGGACCAAAGGGACCAUCUGGAGCUCCAGGACCAGCCGGACAACCAGGACCAAACGGAGGACCAGGCCAGCCAGGAGGACAAGGACCACCAGGACCAGCCGGACCACCCGGUCAGCCAGGACACCCAGGAGGCGACGGUACUCCAGGAUUGCCAGGAUCUUCAGGCCAGCCCGGUCACGAUGCUGCCUACUGUCCUUGCCCUGCUCGCACGGCUGUCCUAGCCAAGCGCAUGAUGAAGAGACGUCGUUUCCACAAGGCCUAA